CUGGACCGGCACAGGGAUCCCUGGUUGCGAAGAGGGUUGUGUAAGUCGGCACAUAGGAGAAACUCCUCUGCGUUUUAUAUAUCUUACACAGGAUGGGGAAAGGAGGAAAGGCAUCCGAAAAUGGUUCCGUGCUUCCAUCUCCGAAGUACGUCACCAUGGACGACGUACGGGAACACAAUACGAAGGGAGACAGCUGGUUGAUGAUUGAUGGGAAAGUUUAUGACAUAAGUCGAUGGGGAGGUAAACAUCCCGGAGGAGCAAAAAUCCUGAACCACUAUGCGGGAGAGGAUGCUACGGAUGCUUGGAAAUCCUUUCACAAUGAUAAAGAGUUUGUGAAGAAGUUUAUGAAAAGUUUAUACGUGGGAGACGUCAAGGAUAAAGAGGAGUCUGAACUUCAAGCUGACUUCCGUGAACUGAGAAGACAUGUCGAAGAUAGUGAUCUGUUGAAGACAAAACCUUGGUUUUUCUGCCUACAAUUAGGACAUAUAAUCUUGAUGGAGGUCGUGGCUUACUGUCUCAUGUCUUAUAUGGGAGCCACUCCCCUUUCCUUUGUUCUUGGGGCAAUGAUCCUUGCUGUUGCACAGUCUCAAGCUGGCUGGACACAACAUGAUUAUGGCCACAUGUCUGUUUUUCCUAGUCACAAGAUUAACCACAUCUUCCAUCAUCUAGUCAUCGGCCACAUAAAGGGUGCCUCUUCCCAUUGGUGGAACUUCCGUCACUUCCAGCACCAUGCCAAGCCUAAUGUAUUGAGUAAGGACCCAGAUGUUGAUGUACCCUAUCUGUUUCUCCUGGGGGACUAUGUUCCCAAGUCAUGGGCACUGAAGAAGAAAGGAUUCAUGCCGUACCAACUGCAGCAUAGUUACUGGUUUCUAAUCGGACCUCCACUGCUUCUUCCCAUCUAUUUCCACAUUGAGAAUGUUAUGUUCGUCCUCAAGCGUAAAGAUUGGGUGGACCUCGGUGUGACACUGACAUUCUUCGUGCGCUGGUUCUAUUUUUACGGCCCGUUAUUCGGGGGAUGGGAGGCAUUUGGCCUGUAUAUGUUUGUGAGGUUCCUAGAAAGUCAUUGGUUUACAUGGGUCACCCAGAUGAGCCACAUUCCAAUGAAGAUUGCCCGUGAUGACAAACAGGACUGGUUCUCUCUGCAGCUUGCCACGACAUGUAAUGUGGAGCCUGGAUAUUUCAACGACUGGUUCACUGGUCACCUUAACUACCAAGUAGAACACCAUCUUUUUCCCACCAUGCCAAGACACAACCUACACAAGAUUGUUCCACAGGUGCGGGCGAUCUGUAAGAAACACAACAUACCAUACCGAUGUAAAAGUCUGUACGGGGCGUUUGCUGACAUUGUACACUCCCUGAAGAAGUCCGGUGAUAUAUGGUACGAAGCCCGAUAUGAAGGAUAGACUGUUUUUAUUCUUCUUGCUGUGAUGAAAAAAUUCUCUGUUGCCUUACAAUCAGUCAAACAUGUGAUUUUCUAUUUAUUCAUUGAAUUUGACUUUUUGCCAUUAAGGAGGAUAUUGCUAUAUCUAUUUUCAUAUUUGCAACAGAAAUACUUUCCAUGAUGCAUAAAACAGAGCUGAAAGGUACAUUUUACAUGAUUAUAUUGUGAAAUCGAGUAACUAUUGGUUCUCAUUAGAAACUUUUUUGACACAAAAAGCCCCCCCAAAAAAAAUUUGAAGAUAAGUCAGUUUAACCAAUUAAAUUCUGGAUAAUGCAGUGUUAGCAUACCUGUUCUUUCUGGAAACCUCUCUCAACUGUAAAAGGAUACUGGUAAAUGUAUUUAAUUAUCUUCUAAUUUGAUAACUCUGUGAUGUUGUUAGAAAUGUGUAAAAUAAGAAAAAUAUCUACAGUUAUGCCCCUUUUACCAAGGAUACUAUAUAUUUGAUCACUUUUGUUGAUCAAUUAAAUUGUCAUUAUAAGCAUGCCUUAGCAUUUGAUAUUGUUAAUAGACGAAAUGCAAGAAAGCAAGAUGUAAUGAAUGUCUUUCAUCCAAAGGCAUUUUUUAAAGUUUGACAUUUUUUAUUGAGUAUCAUGUUAGGUCACAUGUUAUGAUUUUUAUGAUUCAAUUUGAGCUGGAAAAGUUUUGUUAUUUGAUGUGUCAUUUUUUCAGAAAAAAUAAUUUCAAAUAAUAUGACAAUUUAUGCGUAUGUUUGUGAGUGUUUUUUUUUUUCAAAUUAUUAAUAGAAAUGUUUGACUUGGCUGUUAAAGUCCAAAUAUGAACUGUGAUGAGAAAAUUAGGUUUAUCAGAAUAUCACGACAAAAUUGUUAUACAGGCAUACAUGUACCGUAUUUACAAUAUUAUUAUUUAAUAUUGUUGCAUAAAUGUGUAAAAUAAUCCUCAUACAAGUCUUUUCCUCCUGCUGGAAGAUCUUUUCUAGUCUCAUCAAGUGUACUACAGUAUAAUCAUUACAUUUCUCUCUUUUUGUAUACCUAUACAUUUUGUAUAUAUAUUAUCACAUGACAUUAUACUCCCGGUAUUUGUUUGUAAAGUAGUUGCAUGCAUAAUUACUUAAAGCAUUAAUAAGUGUCUUGAAAUACUUACAAAUUAUAUUCUUCUGGAACUUAAUUCAAAUUUUUUGUCCGAUAUUAAUUUCUGAAGCAACUUAAGGGUAUAUGCUACCUUACCAAUACUACCAAAUGAUUUGUGUAAGUUAUCUCCCUUGAUAUAUUUUUACUACCUGGUUAUCUCCCUUGAUCUAUUUUUACUACCUGGUUAUCUCCCUUGAUAUAUUUUGACUACCUGGUAAUAUUGUGAAAUAAAUGAAUGAAAACAAGCUGUACAUUCUUGUGUAGUUUGAAUGUUAUACCAUCAUGAAUUGAUAAUGAUAUAUUUUUUUUUUUUUUUUUUCGGUAUGGACUCUUUUUGGAAAGAAAAUGCAUAUUAAAACAAGCAUUUUCGUUGCUAAAUGAUUAACCAAAGUUACUUGCCUAUGCAUGUACUCAAUAGGAAUGUUUGUUUAUGUAAUUAUAUAUAUAUAAUUUAUUAUUUAUUAAAAGUGGCAUGACUAAGUAGGCUUUUUUGUGUAAUAUCAAAUAUUGUGAUAUUAUUGUAUACAAUAUCUGUAAAUUAGAUUAAAAUUCUGGUCAUAGAAGAUACUCUUUUGUUUCUAUAUAUUGAACAACUUAAUGUUACAUUAUUGUGUUGUAUAUAAAGUAAUCUAUCAACGUAGUGUUAUUUGCCGCAUUAUAUCACAUCAUCUGACUUUUGAUUAGUGAAAUAAUAUCAAUUCAGUAUGUUACACCUGAAAUAACAUAGUGACACCACACUAAGCUGUAAAAUGAUAUCAUGAAUUAAUACUGAAUUGCAAAAAAUGGCAUAAUUUUUCUGGGUUUUUUUUUCGCUACCUAUUAUUUGUAGCCAAAUAUGUUGUUUUACAUAGAUUUGUAAAUUAUUUGAUAAAAAAAACACUAAAAAUUGUUGCCCUUCAGUUUGAGUUUUUUUUUACAAGCUGAGCUUGCUCAUAAAAGUCCCAUAUCCUGGAAACUGGUUUGAUACGUCCUCUGUACGUAUAUAUGACAAGAAUUCCAAGGUCGUAUCAUGUUUGACAGGAGCUACAUUGUAUAUGAUAAUAUGUAAGCCAGACAUUUUUCACUUGUUAAGAUGUUUAUCUUCAAUAAUACUUUUAAUACAAUAACUGUAUAGCGUUAUACAAAGAAUGUACAUACCAGUAUAUUUUGAUAUAAAAGAUUUUUUUUAUCUAUUUUUCUCCAAACAGCUGUCCUUUUUGUGAAUCUUACUAUUUUGUAACUAUUUUCUUAUAGUCAAGAUCUUCUCAUGAAGAUCAUAUGUGCUUCAUGUAUAUACAAGAAAUAUUUUUCAUCUGAAUGAAACUUAUUGUUAUAUCUACUUUAGAAAAAAAAAGAUAAAAAGAUGUGGAGAUUACCAGCAUUUUAUGCCUAAGUGCAUAAAUUCAAUUAAACGCCUCAGUACAUAAAUUCAAUUAAACGCCUUGGUGCAUAAAUUCAAUUAAACCUCAAUAAUGCUAACUUUGGAAUAUUAAAAAUCUCCAAUUUUUUCCUUUUCAUGUGAUAUAGAAUAUUGUGUUGUAACACAAUAUAUAAUUCUGUAUUGUAUUGUAUGUUUACUUCUGAUGACUUAUAUGAAUUGAAACUCUAAUAAGUAUGGAAUAUUUUGGCACCAUCUGAUAAAAUGGUAACAUGAUUUGGUUGUAUUUUUAACUCUUUUACCCCUGAAGACACAUUUGAACUCUUCCAAUUCAAAGGUUGGAAUAGUUCAUUAUGAAAUUUAAGGGGUGGAUAAGUUAAAAAGAAAUAAUUCUCUUUAUUUUAUACUUAUGUUUUAGUUUAAAGAUUAAACUGUAACUGACCUGAUCCUCAAAUUUUGAGAUAUUUUUUCAUAUACAAAUUUUUUAUACUGAUUUAGGAUUUUUGGAGAAAAUGAUGCCUUGGUGUAAUUUAGAUUUCUAUCUCUGAAAUUUCGCAUUUAUGCACUAAUUUGUUUUUGAGGUAUAGAAAACAAACACAUAAUUAUUAUGAUGCUGAUGUUAAGGAGAAUUAAUUUGGACUGUUACUACAAAUGAUAAUGUUUCUUGGUUUAUUUUAUGAUUUAAACAAUCAAGAAAUAUUUUAAGUUGAAAUAUUCCAUUUUUGGUCCAUCAGUUUCACAAUUUAAUCCACAGAUAUUGAUAGAUGAGGAUUUUUUUUAUCAAAUGUUAUGUUACCAAGAGGUCAAGGGUGGGGUUAGCACUUUUCACCAUUUCUCAGAUUUUGAAGCAAGUUGAAGUGAUAUUGCACAUUUUUCUUAAAUUGUUCGAAAAUAUUCAACCAUUUGCGUAACAUUUUAUUUUAGAAAUUCGAGAAUUCUUGAGGCUAUUUAUAGCAGUUUAUCCUCCUUUGUCCAUUGGUUACAAGUCUGAGAACCGGUGAGAUAUUUGUUGAAACAGUGGCAAUUUUGAUAUUUGAUCAGUGUUUAUGUACAGGCUCAGAGAAAUAGAAAACAAUAGAAGCAUAAUCAAAGUGGUGACUGUCUGAGAUUACUCUGUUGUGUGCUAUGCAAUAAUACUGUAUAAUAAGGUUUGUAUGGAGUUGAUACUUCAACAACUCCGGUGUAAUUCUUAGUUUUUUCAUUUUCAUAAACAUAUAUUCUAAAUUUUCUCAAUUUAUUUUGCAAUACAUUUUUACGA